CCGGGGGAGAAAAAAGUUCAAUCUGCAGCCAAUUCUCGUCGCAGAGGGUUUGCAGUGUACAGUGCGUGUGUGUUUUAAUUGUUUGUUUCCUGUUUGCUGUCUUUUUAAUUGUUACAGCCGUGUACAAGUUGUGUUUUUAACUAAAACGACCAUCGAGAAAAGUUAAUUAGCUUUUUCCUGCAGUGGAAAAUACCCUAUAGCCAGUGAAUCAUUGUAGAAGAGAAAAAGGAACCAAUCUUUUGAUAUUAGCGUCUGGUUUGUGCGACGUCAUUUUGUGCUUUCUGCCAUUUGCAAUCGAUCAGCCAUGAAGUUUCUAAUACUCAUCCUCGGCUUUGUCGCGGCCGCCAAUGCGAUCUCCAUCUUUGAGCUCGUGAAGGAAGAAUGGACAGCAUUCAAGCUGCAACACCGCAAGAAGUACGACAGCGAGACGGAGGAGCGCAUCCGCAUGAAGAUCUACGUGCAGAACAAGCACAAAAUUGCCAAGCACAACCAGCGCUACGAUCUUGGCCAGGAGAAGUUCCGCCUGCGCGUGAACAAGUACGCCGAUCUGCUGCACGAGGAGUUUGUCCACACGCUGAACGGGUUCAACCGUUCGGUCAGCGGCAAGGGACAAUUGCUGCGCGGUGAGCUGAAGCCGAUCGAAGAGGCCGUUACCUGGAUUGAACCGGCCAACGUGGAUGUGCCGACGGCGAUGGAUUGGCGUACGAAGGGUGCCGUCACCCCAGUCAAGGAUCAGGGACACUGCGGCUCGUGCUGGUCGUUCUCGGCUACCGGUGCGCUCGAGGGACAGCACUUCCGCAAGACGGGCAAGCUGGUGUCGCUGUCCGAGCAGAAUCUGGUCGACUGUUCGCAAAAGUACGGCAACAACGGAUGCAACGGUGGCAUGAUGGACUUUGCCUUCCAGUACAUCAAGGACAACAAGGGCAUCGAUACGGAGAAGUCGUACCCGUACGAGGCGAUCGACGACGAGUGCCACUACAACCCCAAGGCGGUCGGUGCCACCGACAAGGGCUUCGUCGACAUUCCGCAGGGCAACGAGAAGGCGCUGAUGAAGGCGCUCGCCACCGUCGGCCCGGUGUCGGUCGCGAUCGAUGCGUCGCACGAAUCGUUCCAGUUCUACUCGGAGGGCGUGUACUACGAGCCGCAGUGCGACUCGGAGCAGCUCGAUCACGGCGUGCUGGCGGUCGGGUACGGUACGACCGAGGACGGCGAAGACUACUGGCUGGUGAAGAACUCGUGGGGCACCACCUGGGGCGACCAGGGCUACGUGAAGAUGGCGCGUAACCGUGACAACCACUGCGGUAUUGCCACCACUGCCAGCUAUCCGUUGGUCUAAAAACCGGCGAUAGUGGGGGGAUAUUAGGAAGAGAGAGGAUACGGCAUUUUUUAUGUUGUGUGAUAUAUACAAAUUUAAUUACGAGGAGACAGAAGAGAGAGAAAGGAAAAUGCGGUUUCGCCGACAAAAAAAGGUAACACACACACCAUGCACCACACGCAUUAAGCAGGAGAAGGGACCAUUCCGCGAAUGUUUCCCAUAUUACUUGCGCCAUACAAGAACAAAAACCUCUUUUUGAGUAAAAACUUGUGAAAGAGUAUCAUCUAAAACAUCAUUAAAAAACGAUUAACGGAUCGUGUCGUGUCGGUGUGUGUGUGUCAGGUUAAAAAAGGCGAAGUUCGUCGUUUUAAGUAGUAUUUAGCUUUAAGUUUACAAAGAAAAGAAUAAACGAAAAGCGUAGACAAUACGGUAAAAAUCAA